CUAGUACAAACAUGAGACACCCUUAGCUUAUUUCUUUUUAUUUCUUUCAUAACCAAAUAACCCCCUUCUAAUUUUCCUCAAAACCCAAAAAUAAAUCCAAAAAAUACAAUAAAAAUGAUCCAAAACCCAACAAAAUCAUUCACCAUAUUUUCAUUCCUACUUGGCUUCAUCAUCACAACUGCACAAUACCCUACUGUUAUGAAUGCUGAAAAUUAUGUUGAAGAAGCAUGUAAAGUAACAAGAUACCAAGACUUAUGUAUCAAAUCCUUAGCUUCCUACUCCAAUAAGGCCAAAAAGAGCCCACAUAAGUGGGCCCGGGUCGGCGUAUCCGUCACAAUUUCUGAGGUAAAAUAUGUGUCAAAAUACCUCUAUAAAGUCAAAAUACGCAAUCAUGUUAAAGGUAAAAAAGUUAGGACAGCAUUAAGUGAUUGUGUAGAGUGUAUACAAGAUACACUAGAUAAUCUUUAUAAAUCACUUAGCGUGUUAAGAAGGUUAAGUUUUGGGGAGUUUAAUGAUCAAGUUGGGGAUGUUUUGACUUGGUUAAGUGCUGCUUUAACUGAUGAGGACACUUGUCUUAAUGGGUUUGAUGGUGCUAAAAUAAGAAAUAAGAGUAUUGUUAAGGUUUGUAAUAAGGUUCAAAAUGUUAGUUAUAUUACUAGUAAUGCUCUUGCUCUUGUUAAUAAACUUGCUAGUGCUGGACUUGAAGAUUUGGAUGCUCGUCAUCUUUAGAUCAUGUUAAAGAAUCUCAACUAUCAAUUGAAACUUAUAAUUAAAGUCUCGUGAUAUCUUAUAUACUGAUUUGGAGUAAAGUAUUAAUCAUUAUAGGGUUUGAUGAUGAUUAGUCUUAUCCUCUAUAUACUAUACUAUGCACUUUACUUUUCUAUGUACUUGUCGGAGGGUAAGCACAUAUUCUGUUCCGCUUAUAGUUGGCAUACAAAUAAGAUGUUUGUUAAAAAUCAAAAUCAAAAGAUGAAUAUUGUACUUACUUAUUUGCAAAUAUGUGUAUUUUUUAACCAAUAUUGAACUCAUGCUAUGAUGGAUCGUCCAAAUAUCGUGUCUAUUGUCCCUUGUGUCAAGUUAUGUUGGGAAAAAUGUCGUGUCGUGCCAUAUUUGAUCAACAAAAAAUAAAGUCCAUUUACCAGUCUAAUAAAUGACUUUUAAUUUUAUUUUCGUGACUU